GCUAAUGCUGCUUACGGUAUGGGGUUCAAUGUUGUUAACAAAGUUUCAUAAGAAUGCAAGACAACAACGUCCUGGACGACACACAACUAGUCCUACCAUAUCAUCCACAGGAACACCUCCCAGUAUGUCUAACUCUUCAACAACAUCGCCCUCUACAACAUCUUCUCCAACAAAUACAACCACAUCUAACACUCCAGCCACACCUACAACGCCUACAGCUCCCGGAACUUCAGUUACUCCUACAACGCCAUCUACUCCUGAGACUACUACACCUGCUACUCCAGUUACACCGGUUUCUCCUGGAACCCCUGCUACACCUGGAACCCCUGCAACGUCUGCCCCUCCUGUAACACCUGGGACAUCUGCGACUACCCCUUCAACUCCCGUAACUCCUGUAACAUCUGUACCCCCUACAUCCCCUACUAUUCCAGCAACUUCUGAUAUACCAUCCACACCUGUUACUCCUGGAUCCCCUGCAACGUCGGCUUCCACUCAGGAAACACCUGGAACUUCAGCGACUAGUGCUACACCUGAAACCUCUACUCCUUCAACAACUGCAGUUACUCCUGGAACCUCUGUUACGCCUGGAAACCCUGCAACAUCUACCACUCCUGUAACACCUGAGACCUCUGCAACUCUUUCACCAUCCACUACACCAGCUGAAACCCCUGUUACAACAACUAAUUCUGCAACGUCUGCUACUCCUCCUACCUCUGCAUCACCUUCCACUACUGGACCUUCUGCAACGCCUGCAACCUCUGCAACACCUGCAACUACUGGAGAUCCUACUUCGUCUGAUACUCCAGCAACAACUGGAAAUCCUGCUACUCCUGGAACCCCUGUAACGCCCGCUACUCCUACAACACCUGGAAUUCCUCCAACACCUGCAACCCCAGCUACGCCUGCUUCUCCAACAACUGGAUCUUCUGCUACACCUGAUAUCCCUGUAACACCUGGAACUCCUGUUACAACUAUAACACCCGCAACACCAGGAACCCCUGCAACGCCUGCUACUCCUACAACACCUGGAAUUCCUCCAACACCUGCAACCCCAGCUACGCCUGCUUCUCCAACACCAGGAUCUUCUGCUACACCUAAUAUCCCUGUAACACCUGGAACUCCUGUUACAACUAUAACACCCGCAACACCAGGAACCCCUGCAAAACACCUGGAAUUCCUCCAACACCUGCGACCCCAGCUACGCCUGCUUCUCCAACACCAGGAUCUUCUGCUACACCUGAUAUCCCUGUAA